AUGAAAUCCCAGCUCUACUGCUUACUAGCUGUGAUUGCAAGCAGGUCACCUACAUCCUCCGAGCCCAGUUUCCUUAUCCAGAGCAGAGUGCCUGCCAGCCGCAUCACCCCCACAAGUAAGAAGCAGUAUUGGGAAUCAAUAUCAACUUCAUUUGUCUUUCAAUUCCAAACACCAUAUAACAGGUUUUUUUCCUCUUAUCAGACUGAUUUUAAUACCAUUUCUGGGUUGAAGAAACAAACAUCUAUAAACUAUGAGGACUUUGUGGACUUUUCUGAUAUUUACCACUCUAAUGAAGAAUAUUUCAGGAAACUAGAAGAGCUGAAGGCUGCCCACAUGGAAACUAUGGCAAAAUUAGAGAAAAUGUACCGGAAUAAAUUAAAUUUAAAGAAAGUUCAGCCAGUGAUCAUCAGAGAUGAAUCUUCUAGUGUUUCUUCCACGUCUGUAUCAGAAAAGAACUGUCACCCUAUCUCCUUAUUCACAUCGCUUUCAGAACCUGAUUUAUGUCAUUCUUCCUCCUUGAUUGUGUCUUCCUCUGAAGAUGAGUUGCCCAACUUAGAAAAAGAGUUUCCUGAGAAAAAUGGGAUGUUGACCUAUGCCAAGGAGCUCAUCAACAACAUGUGGACCAACUUUUCUGUUAAAGAUUACAUUCAGUGUAAAGAUGCUGACUUCCUAGCAGUUGAAAAAACAAAGAAGAAACCAAAAGAAUGGGUGCCAAAGAUUACAGUACCUGAGCCUUUUCAAAUGAUGAUUAGAGAACAGAAGAAAAGACAAGAGAACAUGAAAUCUAAAUCAGAUAUUGAAAUGGUACACAAACUGCUCAAAAAAGAAGAAGAUCCAGAGUGUAAGAAAAAAUUCCGAGCCAACCCAGUUCCAGCAUUUGUCUUUCUCCCCCUUUAUCAGGAUAUAGUCAAGCAAAACGAAGAACGGAGGCGGACUAUGAAGGAGAAAAACAAAGAAACCCUCUUGGCCUCACAAAAGCCAUUUAAGUUUAUUGCAAGGGAGGAACAAAAGCAAGCAAUCCGGGAAAAGCAGCUGAGAGACUUGUUUAAGUCUAAAAAGACAACAAAUCUAUUUAAAGCCAGACCUAUACCUCGAUCUACUUAUAGUUCAGCUGCCAAUGACAGAUUACAAGAAGAAGAGCUCUGCAGAAACAUUAAGACACAACUGACAGCCCAGGAAUUUUUAUCGAAUUCAUCCCCUCCGCCUUAUAGACCAGCUCACAGAAGUUUUGCUGCAAGGAAGCCCAAGGGCCCUGAACAGGCUGAAAAGUUGAAGUAUAAAGGCAAGUCUAGGAACCAGACUGCUGAUCUUGGAGAACUUCCUGAGACAAAUCAGAAACACCUCUUGGAACAGAAAGGUCCAAAACUCCUAACAAUCUACAAACAACCUGAUCUUCAUGCAUCCACUAAAAGAGUGAAAAAUUUGGCAGAUAAAGAAGCAUAUGAAGAAAAUUUAAAAGAAACACAUUUUCCUUAUCAGUCUCAAAGGCACAGGUCACCAGUUAGAAGUCCAAAUGCAAAGCGUGUGCCUUGUUACUACAACCCUCCAAUGCCCACAGUUUCUUCCAGAGGAAGAGAGCAAGCCAUCAGGAGAUCACUUGAGGAAACGAAAAUGUUGGAAGAAGAGAGAAAUCGGAUCCUAACUAAGCAGAAGCAAAGAAUGAAAGAAUUGCAGAAACUUCUGAAAACCCGGACUAAGGCUUAUGACUCACAUCAAAGUUUAGCUCAGAUGUCUAAAUCCAGAAUAAAAUCUCUCAGAAAGAGUGAAAAGGAAAGGAUGAGAGAAUACCGACGAGAACUAGAAGAAAGAGAAGAAAAAUUAAAAUACAGGCCGCUACUGUUUGAAAGAGUUGCUCAGAAAAAUGCAAGAAUGGCAGCAGAAAAGCAUUAUUCUAACACCCUAAAAGCACUAGGGAUAUCUGAUGAGUUUGUUUCAAAGAAAGGCAAAAGUGGAAAAAUAUUCGAGUCCUUCAGCAAUCAAGAGAUGAAAAGUUUCACUGAAGAUAAAGAAAGCUUUAAUGAAGAAGAAAAUGUAGAAGAGGGAGAGAAUGGGGAAGAAAAUUAUUUUACUGAAAUCAACAGCCAGGAUUCUUGCAAAGAAAAAGAUGAAUCCGAUGAAGAGAGUGGAGAAGAGAAAUCUGUUGAAGAAUAAAACAGAAUCAGCAAGACCUCCUCUCUGUGCCUGAGCUGCGGUUUGCAGCAUCCAGUGUUAGCAGCCUUGCUUGUUGUGUUAGGAAUAUGGAUGGGAGCCCUCUGAUGUGUGCAGAGCUCUUGAGCAAAGUCAUCUGUAGCCGAAAAGGCCGAAUCCUGCUGAUUGGUCAUUUGGUCGAAGUAAGGCUUUGCCUGUUCAGUUUUUUAAAUUGCUACACAUGUUCUGUUUGCAACUCUGAUCUUGUAUUUUUUUAAAGUGGUUGAGAAUCACAGCUGUCACAAACUGAUUAGUCAUAAAAAUAUACAUUACGUUAUUAUUUUUGGUAGAAAAAAAUGGCUUAGCAUUGAGAGAAGUACUGGCCUUUGGUGUUUUGUUUGAAAAAAUUUCUCUGGGAAGCAUGAAUCAAUACAUAUUUUUAAAUUAUACUAUUUGCACAUUCUUUUUCUCUGUAAUCUCACAAAAUGAAUCCUCAAGCUUGUUUUAUAAAGUUUCUUAUCUGAACCAUUUCUAAAAAGCAAUAAAAUAUAGAAAAAAUA